UUGAAGGUUCAUUUGUUUUGAGAUAGCAUCUUGCAUGAAGCCAACCUUUCGUUGAGGAAGUCUACCUCUUCUCAAAGAUGGAAUCGUGAUUUUCGCCGUCUCAAUCUAUUUAUUUCUUAAAAUUUAUAUAUAUAUCAAAAGAACAAUAUCUUUUUAUCAGUUUUUACUCGUUAUUGUUGCUAUACAAGUUUUUUUUCAUUUCUGAGUUUAUAAACGGUUUUAAACACAACUGUACGAGGAAACAUUAUAAUACAUGACGACUAUCUUUGAAAAUAGAGCAGACGAUUAAGGGGCAGUAAAGUAUUCAUUGUGAUAAAUACUGCUUACUGUUCUCAUAAAGUCUUUUAAAUUUCCAAUUUACUUGCCUCAACACACUGUCGAUUCUAGCUCGUUGUAGAUGAUAGUUAAUUCCAAGUGCUUGCGUGUAAAUGGUUGAAUCUUCAUAUCGCGAUCGUUGCCUUUUCAAUGGGCACGUUCGUCUUGAUUAAUUGUGCAGCGACGGAGAGGCUUUCAAAAUCGCCCCUCAAAGUACUCACGCUAUGACAAGAACUGAACUUAAAAUGAAAGAAAGGCUUGUGUUUGUCAACGUGGUAAGGAAAUAUCUUAAAGUACAUCAUUUCGCUAACGCCUAAGGCCAUGGGCAAAUAUACUUCACUGUAAUUUGCUCUAAUUCGUAGGACUUAGGAUCAAAUCCUUGUUUGCCAAUCGAUGUAAAGCGGAGUUCUAACUGUAUGAAUUUCAAAUCUAAAAAAUCAUAAUGAAUAUUUUGUAUCUUGAAUACUUUCUAUAUGCUAAACGAUUGUGAUUGUUUUUAGAAUUGGGCGAGAUUUUCCGUGAGUUGCGGUAUCAUUGCAACAGGAAUCAUUUUAUUUUCCGUAUUUAGAGACCGUGAAUCCUUCGCUCUUUGUAAAUUUGCAAAUCGAAAAGGGAAUUCUUGACACUGAAAUUAAAUGCCAAUUUCUCAAGCCUGUCUCAAUUGAAUGAGCCAAUAGGGAAGCUCCAUUCAGCAAUUAAUGUUUUGCAAGGUGUUUUUACUGCGUGCAGCGUUCAUUCAGUCGAAUCGAUGAAAGCCAUUAGAUUAACAGAUUGAUAACCAUAGAACCACCUGAUUAAAGUACACUGAAAAUCACAUACUGUAUACAUUAACAGUUACAAAGUUAAAGCUAAAUUCUAUAGGAACAAAAUAGCGACUUUUCCUGAAUAUCGGGAGAACGAUUUGAGUACUCCGUGGGGCUUAGAAAUAUUCUUCUUACUUGUAAUAGUGGAAAUAAGCAUUAGGGCAAAACCGCGCGCCCUUAAUUUGUGUGUUUUCGUCUCCUCUAUCAAGAAUAUUAUAAUUUGCUGCUCUCUGGAAACUAGCCAUUACCCGUUGCUUUUAAUUAAAAUAUGUAAAUAGCUUUUACAUCCCCCUAGACAAUACAUAUCCGCUGCAUAACACAAAGUAAUAAAACGCACCGCCCGCAUAGUUAAUAAUCUCUUGCACAUAGCUUUUAAACUAAAAUUAAGAUCCGAUUGAGGCAUUACGUUGGUUUGAGGAAAAAAAAUCCCUGGUUUUGUUUUCAAUUUCCUAGCGCUGAAAUGAAUAAAAAAUGAAAAUGCUCUAUGUUCUGUGCUUCGAAACCUUCUGAAGCACAAUCAGACCCGCGCAACAUGUCAGCACACCAAAUUACAACAUCAAUGGAGCGUUUUGGGGUUAUAUGAAAAACGAAAACCACACAUGGUUUUGUUGAAAUGUUGAGCGGGAAUGGCCGACCUUUAAAAUGAUAUUGUUAGUAUACUUUCCUAUCUCCACUGCAUAUUUUUCCUUCGUGGAAGACGUCUUACAUUCAACACAUUGCCGCGUUUAACGAUAUUUUGAUUUACACUCGCCACAUUAGCUCGGACAGUGGCGCCAUCCCUGAAAUGCAGACCAAAGUAUCACUUCUUAUACCUCCGUGUUUUAGCUAUUUCAAUUAAAACGUAGCUACUGCAUUUGUGCCACUGAGCACGUACUGGUCUUAAUCAAUUCACGUUGAGUGUCAAAGAGAAAUGAUCGAGUGUUGUUUUGGCAGUUUCUUAGCAGGUGUUUCUUAGGCAGUGAAUAACGAUUGAACUAGAACCCUUACUGUAUGCUUGGCUAAAUUACGAAAUACAAUUCGGAGUGGAGCAAGAGUUGAUACCAUAGUUCCUCGACAUCACUGCUUGUUUGUGGGCUGCCAAAGCUGAAACUUGAAUGAAGAUAAAUUUGGAUAACAGCUUCGUUGGUUUUUCGGGGUGAAGCGAUAUUCUCCUAUCUUUAUUUUCAAGAGUGAUCAAAGUCUAGUUUUCCCUUCCAGCACCGACAAUACAUCGUCAGUCGUAAUCGAUGUUGAAGAUUUGUCCAGCCAGGAGAUGAUCAUGAGUGUUUCAAGAACAACCUUCCACUAAGAACGGCCAAGCGGUUAAAAGAAGAAGAUCAUUACCUCAUAAGACGAGGAAUAUGUUGUUAUUGUUAGUUUCGACACUCGGGUUAACCUUCGUAACCUGCAACGCAUCAUUUGUUAAGACUGCGUGCGCCACGGAUUUGGCAACCAUUACGUGUCACAACGAUUCCAAGAUUUUCAUCGAGUCCGUGACAUAUGGAAGAACUGACAACGUAACGUGUUUGGAGUCAAAUCAAGCGAUACCAUCUUGUAAUGCGUCUGUUGACUUGAGCUGGAGAGUGAUGCCAUACUGUCAGGGGCUGUCAUCCUGUGUUAUAAAUGGAUCGUACGACGGCGCAGUUAUACCUUGUGAUGGAAACAGAACAAAUUACUUCAAUAUCUCUUACAACUGUAAGAUAAUCAACGAAACUGAAUUUCCCGAGAAUACGUACGCAAGCUUUGUUUGCCCAGUAGGGGAAGUAUUCGUUAUCCACAGCCUCGAAUGGAGAGGAAUAGAAUAUAUCUUGAAAAACCGUACUAUAUCAUCCCAUAGCACCAACGCAUUCUUCACUGCAUCGACAAAUAAUCUGGCAUACCAGACAAACGUUAAGAUUUCUGCUACGCAUGUCAGUGAAAGAAGCAACACCGCAGUGCUUGCUGGAGUAACUACUCCCAGCCAACUCCAAACGUCAGGAAUUCAAGCGCUAUCAAUGCAUUUUGUCGCUGAAUCACUUGUGACUAGCCCUGGUACUUUGUUACCCACUACGGUGACUUCUUCUCCUAAGCUGAGUCAGGUCGCAAUGUUAUCAAGUUUCGUAGUAUCGGCAUCAGCAUCAUCAGAAGAAGAAGCACCACGAUCAUUAUCAUCAUCAUCAUCACCUUCAUUAGCAGCAUCUCCAGUGUCACCUUUAGCAUCAUUUGCAGCAUCAGCCUCAGCAUCACUACCAGAAUCGUCAAAAACAUCCGCAUCAUUAGCAACAUUGCCAAUACCAACACUAGGAUCAUUAGCAACAUCACCAGCGUCAAAAUCAGCAUCAUUCGCACCAUCACCAGUGCUAAGAUCAGCAUCUUCGGUAGUGGCAUCUCCAACAUCGUCGGAAUCACUUGCAAUGGCAUCAAAAUCACUGUUAUUAUCAUCAGCAUCAGCAUCAUCAGUGUCAGUGCCAGUGUCAUUAGUAACAGUGUGUCCUAAGUCAUCAUCCAAAUCAUUAACAGUUACAGCAGCUCCAGCAUCACUGCGGCCGGCAUUAUCAUCACUACCACCACAAUCAUCAGUGCCACUGAUGUCGUUACCUCAAAAUGAAACAACGUCGUCUUCAAUAACGGCUUCGUCAUUCUUUCAUCCUAAAAUGGUGUCCUCUUCGGUGUUACAAUCGUCGUUGAACUCUUCGAACUCCAGUGUGUUCAAACAAAACGACUGUGUAAUUUACGAGUACUACAACAUCACUAAAGUACUGAAACCCAAAAGAAUUUUCACCUUCAGAUUAGGACAAUGCCGCGGGAAGAGAAGAUGCAGCUUCAACGUAACAAGGAAAAAGCUGGGUGAACCUUAUAAGGAUAAAAUAACGUCACUACGACUAUUUAUCAAAAACAGCUGUCAACCUGCAUCAAGUGGGUACCUGCAGUGGGAAAGCUGGAGUGCAUGUCCUGAUGUAUGUGGUGUACGGUACCAUCAAGUCAGAAGGAGGAUCUGCCUCAAUCCUACAAGAAAGGCUGGAGGAGCAGACUGUUCUGGAUUAAGAUCAGAGACUCGCCCGACAGGAUGCUAUACUCCAUGUCUUGAUCGAAAUUCCACAACCUGCGAUUUUAUGACAGCCAACUUGACGUGUCCAAACGGCACAUUUAUCAACAUCAAUACCGUAUUCUACGGUCGUGACGUCGAAGUUAAUAUGACUUGCAACGUUACUGGUGCCAGUAAUGGAUCGUGCUCGUCGUCAGCUGAUAUGGAGGGCCAUAAUAGCGCACAAGUUUAUGAACGAUGCCAAAUGAGACAAAAUUGUACUUUCAUGGUUUCCAAUGACACGUUUCGAGAUCCAUGUCCUGGAGUUACCAAACACCUUAAAAUAGAAUACUCGUGCAGUCCUGUAUUUAAGAGAACAUUUUGCGAUGAAGACAAAGCCCUUAUCAGCUGCCCUCCUGAAUUGCGUUUGGUUUUUCACAAUACGCCUUUUUAUGGCCAAGUGAAUUCUUCCGAAUCUUGCCCCGCAUCUGGUUCAACCCCUUGCAUCUCUGAUCUGACAUACGACGGCAUCGAAUAUUUUUGCGAUCACUACAGUUGUGACAUACCAGGAGUAUCCGGUAACAAGUUGGGCUUAAAAGGCCAGUACCAAUGCAAAGACAGCAGUAAUUAUCUCACAGUGUACCACAGCUGUCAGCAAAAGGACGCCGUUUACACUGCUUGGGGAUCCUGGCAGUCCUGUGAGACAUGCGGUCUCACCACCCGUCGAACAAGAUCCCGUGACUGUAUUGACCCUGGGGUACCUUAUACUCCCAUGGGAGCCUGUUCCUGGAGGGAUAAAAAUGAAAGGGAACAUUGUUAUCAUCGCUGUGGAGAUCUCAAUAUCAGCCUUAAUGAGGGCGAAAAUACCACAAUUGUCUGUCCUAUGUUCGGGCUAAAUGAGAAAUAUCAUACGGUGAUUGAGAUCCGGUCAGUGUUUUACGGAAAUGGCAGCUGCUCGUCAAACAACAGAAGCAAGAUUGCUGUCAUGAAACGAUGCCAGGGAAGACGACAGUGUUAUCUGGAAGCUUCUGCAGAUAUUUUCAACGAUUCAUGUCCUGAGAUUAAGAAACCUCUUAAUGUCACUUACAGAUGUCAGUCAAUUUAUCAUAUGAGCCAGUUCGAGUACUGGACAUUGAUACCACGUGAUCUGCAUUGCUAUGACGACAUGGUGAUUGUCACCCAUGCUGUUUCCUGGCAGAGAGACGGAGAAUGUGCUGGUAAUUCCAACGCAAUGAAGAUAAUUCAGAGUUUAUGCGACGGCAGGAACUCCUGUUAUAUCGAUCACAGCAAAUCCAUAUUAGGAGGUUCUUGUGGGUCGCAAUUUGAAUUUACAAUGUAUUACAGCUGCCAGACAGCAUAUGGAGGACUAGACACAGAGUGGUCUUCUUGGAGUAACUGCACCGAAUGUGGACACACACCUGUCAAGACAAGAAUCAAGACAUGUCUCAGUCCUGUCACUAAAACCAGUGGAGCCCACUGUCCUUUGAUUCAGCAAAUUGCUCCUUGCAACUACCCAUGCCCAGUCAUUGGGUUAUCUUUUGUCAGCAACAAUUUUUCCGUGGUUCUGGGUCAAAACUUGUCUGUUUCGUGGAAAUUGAGUCUCGGGACAAACUCGACCGUGGUCAUCAACUGGGGAGAUGACAUUGGGAACGAAACCGUAUCUCAGAAUAUUUUGGCAAACGCUACAACCCCGUUUUUCCUUACAAACGAGCAUAAUUACACAUCAGAAGGUGACUAUGCAGUCAAAGUCUACGCUUUUAAUUUCUUCAGUAACCAGACAAUUUGGAAAAUGGCACAUGUCCAAGUAAAACUCUCUGGGCUAAACUUCACGGCGCCUAGUGCUGUAGUAACAAAUACAUCAUCUCGUUUCAACAUUUCAUUGGAUGUCAUAUCCCUUAGUGCACCUAACAUUUCCUUUCUUUUCGGAGAUGGGUCGGCUAUCAGUUCGAUUAGCUUCGAGGCAAACUAUUCCUACCCUCAAGCUGGCCUGUUCCCUGCUAAAGUGAUCGUUGCAAACAAGGUGAGCAUGCUAACAUCAACCCGCCAGGUAAUUGUGCAAGAUCUUGUGGAAGGGUUUAGGGUUGAUCGAGAUGUUUACUUUGUGUCAGUCGGAGAAAGAGCACGGUUUUUAUUCUUUAUAGCCCAGGGAACGAACGUAUCAGUAAAGGCGACGUAUGAUGAGUGCAAACUCCCAUUCUUGACCACCUGGUUGAGCGGACCAAGCAACUUGGACAGUUUGGUGACUUGUGUUUUUGACACUGUUGGAGUUUGCAAUGGCCUGUUUUACGCCUCUAACGCUGUCAGUCAAGCUAACGCGUCAGCUUUGAUCAUAAGUGAAGUUGCCAUACAUGGAUUCAACGUGACGAUCCAGUGUCUUAGUGUAUACCCGUCGUGUUUCCAAGAGGAUCGAAUAUUAUUUUUCCUGAGCCUUACAAACGGAACUCUCCCCAAGUUUGUGUUUAACAUGGGCGAUGGGCACACAAUAACGACGACAAACAGAAUCUUUAAUUAUUCAUUUUCAAGUAAUGGGUCCUUUGACGUCAAUAUCAGCGCAUACAAUAACGUCAGCAGCGAAAGUGUUCUCCAUAGAGUGGCCGUUUUGAGGCUUGUGCCUUUAGUCGGAGUUGAGGUCGCCUGCAACAAAACUGUUGGCCUGUCUGACAUGACUGUGUGCUCUUUAGCUGUUCAGCAAGGUACAGCCUUCCAGUGCUGGUUAAAUCUUGAUGGUAGAGGACAGAGCAAAGUAUUUUUUAUGUAUUCUAACUUGACAUCGUCCUGGACUUAUAAGUAUACGUGGUAUGGAUCUUACACGGUCACGUUUACAUGCAACAACACCAUCAGUUCAAGCAGCGCUAAGUAUACAACGAAGGUUGUACCAAGGACACUUGAGAUGAGCAUAAACCACAACGGCCCAGUUAUGGUCAAGAAUGUCCUGACGCUGAACCUCACAGCAGGUGAAACAGGAUAUCCUUCCUGUUUUACUUUAGAUCUUGGAAAUAGCCAAAAGGUCUCUUUUGGACCGCUGAGCUGCACGCCAAAUGAUGGUGAAAAUUACAUCGAAAAUUCAUCAUUUACCUAUCCGUCCGUGCUAUAUAACUACAGUUAUAGUACCGCUGGGGUCUACAAUAUAACUUGGAGUGGUCAGAAUGGAUUCGAAUGUGUGUCAGUAAACACCACUGUGGUAGUAACAGAGCUACCUUGUCGUACGCCUGAUGUGACUCUGUCGAACAUUGCAAGCAAUCCACUUACACCAACUGGAAUUACACGCUCUAAAGAAGUCACUAUUCGUUCUCGGUACCACAUCGAUUGCGAAGGGGCGACAGGAGCGACUCUUCAAUGGGAAAUAUCUAAAAACGAAACGGGGGAGGGAUUUGUGCUGCAGAAUACCAAGGUGACAGCAACGUCGCACCUCAUUUUACUGUCCAAGGAACUAGAGUAUGGAUUAUAUCUUAUCAAACUUACGCUCACAUUAGUCAACGCCUUUAGUAUCAAGGGUAUUGCUGAAGGAUACGUUAGAGUCACAACCUCCGAUCUGAUCAUCGACAUGCAGGAAGGCUCCGCCAACGAAAGGAUGUAUUCACGACCAGUGGUUAUCAACGCAACUGGUUCACGGGACCCUGAUACCUUAGAUAGAAGUGGCUUGGAAUUUAAAUGGUACUGCUAUAAUAUAACUGACAGGUUUACAGACUUCAGUGCCUCAAAAACACCUCUUUCCACUUUAUUGGAUGUCCUCGUUGAGAAUCCAUUGCCAGAUGGCUGUUUCAAUCAAAACGGAACAUUACCAAUGAAUUCCUCACAUAUAUCUCUUCCUCGACAAAAGAUAAUCAAGAAUGGAAUUUAUGUAAUUAAAUUAGUGUUGGUGUCCGGUAACAGAGAGGCCACAAAAUCAACAGUUAUCCAAAUGAAAGACGCGGAAAUAUCUCAGUUCCAUAUAAGGUGCAAAGUGAACUGCAAACACAUGGUUCUCACUACUGAUAUCCUGUCCGUCACAAGUCGAUGUGUCUCUAAUGAGUGUUCAAAAACAAACUCAACGUCGUCAUUUUCUUGGGAACUUUUCUACAGGAACGUUAACGAGACGGGUCUGUUAAACUGGAUCGAAGUAGAUGAUCUGGAGAGCAUUGCACUAUCAAACACAAGCUCAAAGAAUCUUGUGCUGAAAGCUAAUGUACUAAAGCCAGAGAUGUCCUACGUAAUACGACUCCGGUACAGAUCAUUCCCUAAUGAAGGUCUCACCGAAUACAGCUUUACUACUAGUCGUCCUCCACACGGAGGGAACUGUUCCGUGGGUCCUUCCGAAGGUAAAGCUUAUGAAACCAUGUUCACGUUUGGAUGUUCUGGGUGGAAGAGCAAGCAUUUGCCUCUUCUUUACGUGUUCUCUUACUAUGAUCCAUACACGCAACUAAAGCCAUUGCUUUUUAGAGCAGAGGAAGAACAGUUCUCAGUCAAACUGGCUCCAGGAGAACCAAUUGACAAGAACUUCGAGCUUACGGUCUUUUUCAGCAUUAUCGAUUCUCUUGGAGAGCGCAUAGCGGAUCAGAGAUCAAUUAAGGUACUUCCGCGCAAUUUUGUCCAGUCAGAACUCGAUGACUUGGUUUUGAACUACAACAGCAAACUUGAUUUUUACAUAAACAUCGGAGACAUCGAUUCAGUUUCUGAAUUGGUCAGCGGUGUACUCUCCAACCUUAACUAUGAGGCAACACACUUAGGGAAUGAUUCAAGCGUUUACGAAUUGCAGAAGGAGGUCCGCUAUACCGUCAUGGAAAAGAUCUCCAGAAUUCCGAUCUCAACCCUGACAGAAGUCAAUCAAGUUUCAACCAUGAUAGCGGCAGCUGCAGAGGUCAAGGAGCAAGUUAACUCAACAGCUCAGCAAAUAGCCACUGACAAAAUUUCAAGCAUGAUCACUCUUCUGGUGAACAAAUCGCAAGACGACAUUGGUGUGUCUGUUGUCACCGAAGGAGCAGUGAAUCUUGUUAGUGCUGUGUUCAACAUCUUAAUGUCAGCGUCAUAUAACGCCGAUUUCCGUCGAAAGGAUGCCACGAAUGAUGCCGAUCAAGAAAAGAGUAAGGAAAUAGCUUACCGAAACAUGGACAAUUUUGACAGAGUCGCCGAGGCUAUAUUCAACAAGCAGUUGCCCGGGCAAAAUGACAUCGAAAUUCAAACCAAGUCCGCUAUACUGACCUGCAGAAGGGCUAGGGGCACCGCUAUUGCCGACAAACCCCUCAGGGCAGGAAAUGCAAGUGUAAAGUUUCCAGAUAUCGCGGAUGUACUCGGAAAUAGGGCAGUGGAUGUUCAGUUGCUGUACAUCCCAACAAACCCUUUCACCUGGGACAAGUCAAGCGAGUUAGUAACAACGUCCAUCCUAGAUGUCAAAGUGAUAGCGUCACUUGGCCUAACCCGCCAAGUUAUAAACAUUUCCAAUCUAGCAGAGGAAAUCGAUCUAGAGAUUCCUUUCGAACCAUUAACCCCUUUGUCAGCAUCAGAAGUAUUCUUUAAGCAAAGAGACAAUGAGAGUAUACAGUACCACAUUUCUGAAGUGGAUACGACCAAUGGCGCUAUGGAAUUCUAUGUGAAAUCACUUGGAGAGCAAGAACAAAUGACAAUUUUAGUAAAGUACGGAGCAAAACCUACAAUCUUGGAGUACGACCUGCAGGCAAAAUUACCCAACUUUUCGAGCUGCUCUUCUGAACACGACAACUGCACGGAGAAUCCUUACGGCAUUUUCCUGCCAAGCACAUACUUGAAUAAAGAGGGUACGUAUUACAUAGGUGUGAAAUACGAAGCUGGAAGUCAGCGCGACGUUCAUAGCCGAGAAAGGAGGGAUUGUGGGAAAGGAGGACGUAUCAAAAGGUCACUAAACUGCAUUGAAUACAAAGAUCCACCUCCUACCCAACCUCCGAAUGGAAAGUUCGCUCCAAACCAAGAAGGCUAUGACCAGUCCAAACACAGCAACUACACAAUGGAGUCGUUGGGCCUGGGAUGCAACUAUUGGAAUCCUUCUAGUAACCAGUUCUCCGGGGGUGGAUGCAGGACUGGCCGCCGACGUACCCUAUCACGAACCUUGAGCUGUCGUUGCAAGCAUUUAACCUCGUUCGGCGGAGGCCUCCUUGUGAAGCCAAACCCAAUCGACUUCGAUAAAGUGUGGAUUGCCUUUGAUGAUAUUCAUAACAAUAUGGCUGUACUGGCUACAAUGAUCAGUAUAUUCUUGUUAUAUCUUCUGGUCAUAAUAUGGGCACGGAGAGCUGACAUAAGAGAUCGUGAUUCCCAGAAAGGAAUUGUCGUCAUCGGGAAGCCGUGGAACCAUAAUGCUUAUGAAGUUACGAUAUGUACCAGUAAGGGAAGAAAUUCAGGAACCACAGCUCGAGUUGCCUUCAUCAUUGUUGGAGAAAACGGGUCUAGCGGUGUAAUUCCAUUGAGCAAGCUCGCCAAAGUGAAGUUUAGCAGAGGUUCUGUUGUCACCUGCACUAUGUACCUUCCAAGCUCGCUAGGCCAGUUGCUAUAUCUCCAUAUUUGGCAUGACAACGCGGGCGAUGAUCCCUCUUGGAAUCUCGAUCACGUGGUUGUCUGGGACACUCUGAGUGACGAAAGGUGGAGUUUUAUGUGCGGAGAGUGGCUGGCAGUUGAAAAUGACGAUGGGAAGACGGAAAAAGUAAUCUACGUUGCAAACAUAGGCGAAAUGUCUAAUUACAAGCAUCUGUUUUUGUCAAAUAGUGCAAAUGGUCUUUAUGACGAGCAUCUCUGGAUUUCAGUAGCCGCCAAACCACCGGCGAGCAGCUUUACUCGUGUGCAGCGGGCUUCGUGCUGUUUGUCGAUUCUGUUCAGCACAAUGAUCGCAAACGCCAUGUUUUAUGAUAACGGGAAAGCUGACACUUCUCCUGUAUUUUAUCUCGGUCCUAUAAAGAUCAGCAUGCGUCAACUGAUGAUAGGGAUCCAGAGCAGCUUGAUCAUAUUUCCCAUCAACCUGGGCAUAACUCAGCUGUUUCGUAAAUCAUCCACAACGACUAUCCCUGUAGUCGAGGAGAAAUCCAAAGCUACGCUACCUACCAAAACUACGCUGCCUAAGUCAGAAUUAACGAUCUUUAAUCGACGAUUCGGACGGAGGCCAUCGUCGCGUAAGUACCUGCCUUUGCCAUACCAACUACAUAUCACAAGCAGUAUGUCUACCAUCACCUCUGGUUCUGAGAGCACUUUCAACUUCAAGACAGAUGACUCUAUAAUAACCAAGGAAAAAAGGAAAAGAUAUUUCUACCGCUUUUUAUACUACCUGGCUUGGAUAUUGUGUUUCGUGUCGGUGUUUGUCUCAGCGUUCUUCACCUUGAUGUAUUCCCUCGAGUGGGGAAGUGAGCGAUCACAACAGUGGCUUUUGUCAUUCUUUGUGUCUUUCAUUCAAGAUGCCGCGAUCUCUCAGCCUGUAAAAGUUGCCCUAUUUUCAGCGUUGCUUGCUUUUCUCGUAAAAUUUUCCAUGGAGCAAAGAGAAAAGCACCGUCGAGUUAAGACACGGAAAAUGAAGACAGAUGAUGAUGAUGAUGGAAGUGCGUACUCGACCGAGGUUCAGCUAGGUGAUGAGGUUGCAGGGGACGAUUCUCUACCAUUGCAGAAAAAUGUGUUACAGAAGGCGAAGAUGAAAAGAAUGAAAGAGAUUAAGUCGUCCGAAGUCAUGACAGACGUGUUGUUCUAUUCUCUGUUUCUUCUUCUUUUACUCAUAGUGGCUUAUGGGCACCGUGAUCCAAUCACGUAUGAGAUGACCAAUCACUUGGAGAAUAUAUUUCAUGUAUCGGCUCAACAUUUUUCCGGCAUUUGGGACUGGGUUCGCGAUGACAUCAUUCCAGCUGUUUUUGUCGGUCCAUGGUAUAACGGAAUGCCUGCUGCGGACUCAGAAAAUGGACUGUUGAUUGAUAGGAAUUCAGCUCUGGUUGGCAUGGUUCGUCUUAGACAGCUAAGAGUUUUGAAUGACACGUGUAGUAAUAUUCCAUUUAUACGAUAUUUAGCCAGAGGUUGUUAUGGCCUGUACAGCUUUCAAGACGAAGACAAAAGCCUCUAUAAACCUGAAUGGGUCCCUGUUCCUCCUAAUAUACCAAUUGGAAACAUAUCAUAUGACAUGUGCCCCAGGCCAUGGCGUUACCAUACAGCUACGGAGCUCAAAGGCGUUCCGCUGUGGGGUACGACAACUGUAUACUCGGGGGGAGGAUACGUGGCAGAACUUGGUUACUACCCCGCUAAGUCGCAAGAAGUGAUCGAUGAACUGGCCGAUUACGAAUGGAUUGAUCGACGCACGCGCGGUGUGUUUGUAGAGUUCACUGUUUACAACGCCCAAGUAAACUUGUUCAGUGUUAUAUCGCUACUGGUGGAAGCCAUGCCAACUGGCGGAGUGGAGACAUUCCGUAGAAUUGACACCAUACGCGUUUACAGAUACGUAGGAGAGCUCGCUAACGUCGCACUAGCCGCGGAGCUUAUAAUUGCUUUGGUCAUAUUGUUCUUACUUUACAAGGUUAUCAAGUGUAUGUACCAUCAGAGGCUGGCAUUCUUCAGGAAAUUUUGGAAUUUGGUAGAUCUUUUGCAGGUCCUUUUCGCACUCGUGUCUAUUGCUUUGUACUUUGUCAAGAUGAUAAGUAUUAACGCAACUAUGAAAGACUUGAGCGAUAACCCCUUCCUUUUUGUCAGCUUUUCGAUGCUGCUCACGUGGAACGAAAUUGACACCUACAUGAUCGCGUUUGUGGUGUUCCUUACAACGAUCAAGUUCCUGUACUUGUUGAGAUACAACAGCCACAUCAAACUUUUAAAUCAAACGUUUUCUAACAUGCGACAGGAAAUAAUUCUCUUCAUGGUUCAAUUUCUGUUCUGGUUUCUCCCUUUUGUGAUCAUGUCUCACAUAUCAUUCGGAGCUCAUUUACAAGAUUUCAUUUCGCUUCCAUCGGCAUUUCAAGCCAUGCUCAAUGCACUCCUCGGUGCUUCCUAUUUUCAUGAUUUGGAACAGGUUGACCGUGUUAUUGGCCCCGCUUUAUUUUUCUGUUACAGCAUUCUCAUGGAACUCAUACUUCUCAACAUGUUCGUUUCAAUCAUAAACGCAGCUUUUGGGAGUAGAGAAGCCCAUCUUAAACCUUCGGAAACGGAUCCAGAACUUAUAGAGUUCAUAAUGAAACGGUUGAAAGCAAUCUUGGGCGUGAAUUUACUCUCUUCGAGCGUGGGCCCUGAGCAGAAAUGGUUCGUGGAUGAUUCGAGUGACGAUGAAAAUGGCUACAGGAUCAUAAAUGCAAAAAACCGUUAUAAUGUGUUGAACAGAAAGCUAGCUAUCUUGCAGAGCAAAUUCAGGGAUGUCUCAAUCUUAGAAGAGGAAGAAGAAGACGAAGAUGUUUUGCUGGAGAUGAUGCUGAGGAAACACGAACAAGACAGUUUAGCGUCUUCACGAAGUGAGUGCUCAGGAACAACAGAAACUUCAUUUUAAAAAUACCCUAGUCUACAUGGAACAUUAAGAAUGUUUCUUAGUUUGAACUUCGUAGUCUCCGUUAAGUUAAAGGUCCUAAACGACCUAUGGACCAAACUUUAAACGACAAAAAAAGAGGGAAGUUCUCAAAAUACUCCCGGUAGCUUUAAAAAAACCGAGACUUCAGUCUACACUGAACAUUAGGAAUGUUAAUUUUAGUUUGAACUUCGUUGUCUACGUUAAGUCGAAGGUUAUAAACGACCUAUGGGCCAAGUAAAACCAGUUUUAUAUCUACAUAGCGGAAAUUAAAAGGGAAAAAGUGAUUGUAAUUACUGGUGAGAUUAUUUUGAUACGCAAUUAUAUCCAUUUAUAUUGCUUUAUUAGGGACGAAAAUAAAUCACUAUUAUAUAUUUCA